AUGUCUUUCCAGUCCAUUAACUGGUGUUCACCUGACCUGUUCACUCGCGCGUGCAACGCGAGACAAUGCACGAAGUAUGAUGACGCGUUCUUCAUUGUGUUUCUCUUGCAGCAAGGAGUAGUAGCAGGUGUCGUACGGUUGCUCGGGUGUCUACUUAAAGGAUUGGGUACUGCCAAGCCUGAAGACUUCUGCGUUUCCCUCACACUGCUGCUGGAAGACCUACUCGUCAUUGUUUACCGCGUGCUAAAUCUUCAAAACACUGAAUAUUAUCGAGGAAAGCUCUCAGCCACAUGCAGUAGAGACCCGCCUCCAUUCAGUGAUGGUACUCCAGAUAAUUCCGUAUGUGGGCCUCCUAUCAAGAUCACACUGCCUGAGAUAGCUAAGAUUGGAACCUGUUCGAACGAGACCCUGGUUGCCUGCCCUCAAAAUGCACCAGCCCAGAGUCAGCAGUACUCCAACCUCUUCACACUUCUCGGAUGUGUAUUGAACAACCUGGGACAACAGACGCUAGACAACGUUGUCAAGGGUCUUCUGUGUGAUAUACUUCGGACUUUACUCCACCUUGUGGGCCAACCUUCUGGUACUGGAAUUAAGGAGGCUGGAGCAGGCACUGCACUUGAACCAGUGGGAAAUACUCUCGGAGAUAAUGCUGGCCAACUGUUGGACGCACUUAGACAGGAGGUGAACAAACUGAGAAACGCACUCAGCGCCCAGUGUCCCAACCUCGCCUGAGUGCCAUGGUUGCAAGCAAAGGAUAUUGCCAAUAUUUUCGCACAGGGUCGUAAAAUACAACGCCAUGUCACGUCUUGCUUCUGAGAGAUAAUAACGGGAUUUUUGGUUGUGGGUUUUCUUGCUAGUACUCUUAUUCUAGAUCUGCACGAAGAGCCUUUAUCACUUGAUCUGUACACAACAGCACGCCACUUUGCGCACUGGUGGUUGUCAGGAAGGAACAAAGUGCUCGUUCUUUGUGUGGUACGUUAAACA